CCCUGGCGGAGUCCAACAUGCACCGGGAACAGUGAGCACCUGAUGCAGCUGUACAGUGCUCGUCAGCGGCGGAGAUUGAACCACGGUCUGUCGCGCAAGCAGCAGUCCCUCCUGAAGCGCCUGUGCAAGGCAAAGAAGGAGGCCCCACCAAUGGAGAAGCCCGAGGUUGUGAAGACCCACUUGCGAGACAUGAUCAUACUGCCUGAGAUGGUGGGCUCCAUGGUAGGAGUCCACAAUGGAAAGACCUUCAAUCAGGUGGAAAUUAAGCCUGAGAUGAUUGGCCACUACCUUGGAGGGUUCUCCAUCACGUAUAAACCUGUCAAGCAUGGUCAUCCUGGUAUCGGAGCAACACGCUCGUCAUGCUUCAUCCCGCAGAAGUAAAACUGCAAUUUCUUGAUGUAAAUAA